ACCUCCUUCCAAUAUUUAAAAAUGGAGGAAGGGGUUAAUAAUAGUCCAAAUGGACGUCCCCCUCCUCCCGGCUUUAAUCAAGCUUAUUUGGAAAGUAAUCAACCGGUUGGUGGGGCGGGGAAUAUUGCUUCUGUUGGGAUUGUGGGGCAACAACCAUCAGCAGCUAGAGCAGAUUUGUGGCAACAAACAUUACAGGCGGCCGUUGCAGCCACCACACAACCAGAAUCUCGACGGAGAAUGCAAUCUAGAAAGCCUUUAAGGCAAACUCCUGUUGAACGCAAUGAACGUUCUCUAUUGUGUCUUACAGUGCAAAAUCCUUUAAGGAGAGCUUGCAUAUCUAUCACUGAAUGGAGACCUUUUGAAUGGCUAAUACUUAUGAUGAUUUGUGCCAAUUGCAUAGCCCUUGCCGUUUACCAGCCUUAUCCAAUGCAAGAUUCAGAUACAAAAAAUACAGUAUUGGAGAAUUUGGAAUAUUUAUUUAUUGUUGUUUUUACUGCUGAAUGUAUAAUUAAAGUUAUUGCACUUGGAUUUUUACUUCAUCCGGGAGCAUAUUUGAGAAAUGCUUGGAAUAUUCUUGACUUUAUUAUUGUUGUUAUCGGAAUAAUCAGCACAGUACUUUCUCGAAUCAACGUCCAAGCAUUUGACGUCAAAGCUCUUCGUGCCUUUCGUGUUCUCCGACCAUUAAGAUUAGUUUCUAACGUUCCAAGUUUACAAGUUGUGCUCAACGCUAUCUUACGUGCAAUGAUACCUUUAUUACAUAUUGCAAUGCUUGUAUUAUUUGUUAUUUUAAUUUAUGCAAUUAUUGGGUUGGAAUUGUUUUGUGGAAAGUUACAUUCGACUUGUGUGGAUACUUCUAAUGGAGAAUUUGCACAAAAAGAGCCUUCGACUUGUGGACUAGCCCCAAGUGCAUAUCAUUGCGAACCGUCCUCAUUUUCCUCAGCUAUACACGCCAGAAAUAAUAAAUGGAUAUGUUCACCUAAUACAACAUGGCUGGGUCCAAAUAAUGGAAUAACUAAUUUUGAUAAUAUUGGUUUGGCUAUGUUAACGGUAUUUCAAUGUGUGUCUUUGGAAGGAUGGACUGAUGUUAUGUAUUGGGUGAGUAGAGGGUUGUUGAUUAUAAAGUACCCCCUUAGGGUCGGAAAAAUCGACCUUAUAAGGAGGGUAUUUUUAAUUGAGGGUAUUGUAAAAACGAUCUUAUAUAGAGGUGUCGCUUAAAUAGAGGUGUUUCUAGUAUUGGAUGUAUCUUAUAAUGAUGUGUCCUUUAUAUAGAGGGUAUCCAAUAUUGGGUGUCUUGUAAUGAGGUGUCUUAAAUAGAGUGUAUCUUAUAAUGAAGUGUAUUUUAGUAAAUAGAGGAUAUCG